CCCGUAUAGUGCGACUGAUUAGUUCGGUCUGGUCGAGCGCGUCUAAGCGCGCGGAGUGAGCCGAACUCAGUGUUGCCUCGGUAGCGCCAUGCGGCAGUAGUCAACGCGAUGGCAGGUAGCGAAGAGAUCGAGCUGAACCGCCUGUCGGCCGCAACUCCGCUGCAAAACUUUGUCCCCUCAACGAUACGAUUUCGCAAUGUGGUUUACAGGACAAAUGAGAAAGAAAUAUUGGGCAACGUGUCGGGACGCUUCCAACAUGGUCGUCUAGUGGCGCUCAUGGGACCUUCCGGCGCAGGCAAGUCGUCACUCCUGAACGUACUGUCCGGUGCGCAAGUGUUCGGCAUGAUCGGUACCGUCACGAUCAACGGUGAGCCGGUGGAAGAGAACGAUCCACGCAGCGUGUACGUCGAGCAGGAGUGUCCACUGCUGGCGUUUCUCACCGUCCAGGAAACGAUGCAGUUUGCCGUGGACAUGAAGAUGCCGCAGAGUUCCCCGAAAUCGGCCAAGCAGGCCAAAAUCGAUGACAUUCUGGAGAUGGUCGGUUUGGAUACGGCUCGAAACACGGUCGUUCGCAGCCUGUCCGGAGGCGAACAGCGCCGACUGGCGGUAGCGGUUGAGCUGAUCACCAAUCCACCGAUAAUGCUGUUCGACGAGCCAACGAGCGGGCUGGACAGUGUGUCGUCGACGCAGGUGAUUGCACACCUAAAAUCUUUGGCGAUGAGUGGCCGUACAAUCGUCUGUACGAUCCACCAGCCGGCUUCCAGUCUGUUCCAGCUGUUCGACGAUGUGUAUCUGCUGCGGCAGGGACGCUGUUUGUAUGCUGGGCCGGUUGAGCAGAUGCUGACACGGUUUGCCCGGGUUGGAUUGCGCUGUCCGGAGUAUUACAAUCCGGCCGAUUUUGCGCUGGAAUCGAUAUCGGCCAACCAGCCGGAAGCGCACCGGAUGCUGUGCCAGCUGGUGGACGAGGAGAUGCGAGAGGUUAAUGCGGGUGCACCGUCCAGCCCGACGACGCUCGCUGCUCAGCUCGGGCAGGGUGGAAAGCGGAUUGCUCGUUAUCAAACGGCUGGCUAUUAUCAGUUGUAUACACUGUUGAAGCGAUCGGUAGUGUCGUCGGCGAGGGAUGAGUUUUUCCUCAAGAUUCGGCUCGGUAUGCAUCUGGCGCUGGGGCUCGUCUUCGGUGCGGUACACUAUGAUGCUGGGUCGGAUGCGGCCAAGGUGCUGGCAAACGUUGGUUGCUUCUUCCAGCUGUUUGCCUUCGUGUAUUUUACGAACGCAGUGUCGGUGGUUAACUAUGCGGAUGAGGUGAGCGUCGCGAUCAAGGAAAUCGCCAACAAUUGGUACAGCCGGGAGGCUUACUUUGCCGCCAAGCUUAUCCACGACCUACCGCUCCAGCUCUUCUGUCCCUCGUUUCUGCUCGCGAUCGUGUACUACCUGACCGGCCAGCCGCUCGAGUGGGCCCGGUUCGGCAUGCUGCUCGGUGUGUUCGCGAUCGGUGGCGUCAUCGGUCAAAGCCUGGGCCUGAUCGGGGGCAUCUGUUUCGAGGUGAAGAUGCAAAACUUUUUCGUAGCGAACGCGUGCAUCGUACCGAUACUGUUUUCGGGCUUCUUUGUCAAUGCGGGCGACAUGAUAGCGAUCCUGCGACCGCUCAGUACGGUGUCGUUCUUUCGGUACCAGUUCCACGGCGCGAUGCAGGCACUGUACGGGUACGAUCGGGGCAAUAUACCGUGCGGACAGGUGUACUGCUAUUACAAGAAACCGACCACGCUGCUGGAGCAGUUCGAUAUCGACGAGUACGGGUAUGGGACGAGCAUUGCGAAGGCGUUAGUGUUGGUGCUGAUAAUGCAGCUGAUAAUUUACGUCGGGUUUGUGGUGCGAUUGCGACGAAUAAAGUGAGCCAACGUGUUGAGCGAGCGAGUGUUGUUUUGUACAGGAGUGUAGCCAUUGCUUUAAUGAUAUGGGUCAGUGGUCGGCAGAAACGUGACGUUGCGCCUGGUCAGGGUUAGUGUGCGGCUUUUACGCUAUAAAAUGAGGUAGUGCAUUUGUUGUUAGUAUUGUGCAUUGCAUAAGAGACCGGUAAUAAUUUGUACAUUUUCUACGAUUUGUUCCAUUCCUCGUGCGCUUAGAUUACGUGGUGUAAAUUAUUACGUAUAUAGUGUAGAAAAGGGUAUGGAAAAUAAAUAGACAUCUUAUUAUGUUUGACUGUGACAAAUAUAAA